AUGGCUGCUUCACAAGAACAUAAUGAAAAUAUCGAUCGUGGUGCCUACACUUGGACCAGUACGGAUAAGGAAGCCAGUAUCCUCACCGCGGCCGGUAUAGUCAAUGGUCACACAGACUAUCGUAGACUGUCAAGCCUGGUUGCUGGCAGACCGCAUGGAAUUCGACGACCGGUUGAGGUGGUUGGUGAGCCUGGCCGCACUGUGGAUCGUCACCCUGCACACGCGGAAGAACCGUUGAGCAUUUUGAUUACCACUCAGGAAUUUAUCAUCUCUGAGCCUAGUGCUGUACUGUCCGUGAACGGCCGAGCCCUCGUACCUGGCCCCAUGUGGUCAGAAGCUGGAGCGGGUCAAAGACCAGUCGGUAUACCAAUUACUGUCAAACUGGGUCGACAUCAAACCGGUGCAUAG